UGCCUGUUUCUCUGCCCUUGCUGUGACCUGGAGGGAGGGCUGUGUGGGAAGUUGGUGUGUGAGAUUAUAGAGAGGGCUGAUGAAGCUGUGGGCUCUGCAGAGCGUCUGGAGCCUGAGUAUAUGUAGAGAGACUGAUAAAUAGCCACGAGAAAGACAUCAAGUUUAAUUAAGCAUUACAAACUUGCAGUGGUUGCUGCAUCUGGAGGGCAGAAGAGAACCCAUCUAUUUCCUGCAAUUUCUCUGGAGUAGACUGUGGUUAAUUGGGGUUGAUGAGACAGUGGGAAGCUUUGGAACAGACCAUGGCAAACAGCUAUGUAACAGUCUCUGAUGCAUACUGUAUUGCAGAAUCAUUACCAUACUACGAUGUCCUGCCAGAACAUAUCAAUUAUCAACUGCCAGAUUCAGACUAUCAAGCAACAACAUGUUGUCAGUAUCCAAAUAUGCCAUAUUCCCCUAUGUUGCAAUCCCCAUCUUCACAAUGCCACUACAGUGCUUACAACUUGGAGCCAGCUUAUGGUGAUGGACAGUAUGUCUUAAGCACUUGUGAAUUGAGCAAAUCACCCAGUGCGGUGACCCAUACUGUAGAGGAUGUGUAUCCUGUUAUGAAGCGUCCCAGGCUAAACCACUCCACCAUCCGAAUGAAAGGGCAUGAAGAACUAUGUGUGGUGUGUGGAGAUAAGGCUUCUGGGUAUCAUUACAAUGCACUAACCUGUGAAGGAUGUAAAGGUUUCUUCAGACGUAGCAUAACCAAGAAUGCUGUGUAUAGGUGUAAAAAUGGUGGGCACUGCGAGAUGGACAUGUACAUGCGGAGGAAAUGUCAGGAGUGUCGGUUGAAAAAGUGCAAGGCUGUGGGAAUGCUUGCAGAAUGCUUGUUAACUGAAGUACAAUGCAAAUCAAAGAGGCUCCGAAAAAACUGUAAGCAAACCGGCUCCAUCUUUUGUAGUGUGAAAGUUGAAGAUGACGCAAGUGACAGUAGACAUGUGUCAUCCACUACAAAAUUAGCUAAGGUCACUCCUCGACUGGAACUCACACCUGAAGAAUGUAAGCUAAUUGAACAUAUAGUAGAUGCCCAUGAAAAUCAUGGAGUCCCACUAGAUGAUCACCGAUUGCUUCUGGAAGAAUCAGCAAACCCAGAAGAGAUCUUUUGUCACAUUUCAGAAGCAGCUGUCCUUUAUGUACAGGUCCUUGUAGAAUUUACAAAAAGAAUUCCAGGAUUUGAAAUGUUAGAUCAUGAGGAUCAGAUUGCUCUUCUUAAAGGUUCAACAGUUGAAGCUCUGUUUUUACGUACAGCACAGAUAUACAACCAGAGAGCAACAGGUUGUUCUUUACCAGUUAAUGAAGGUAUUGCAAGAUAUCCAAAUCACUCUGGAGAAUAUUGUCAUAUUCAGGAUUUUAAUAGAUGUCCUCUAUAUCCUAUAGAACAAACUUCUAGUCAAGAGGUUCGAGCAACCACUACAGAUAUCACAGAAGAAUUUAUUACUCCGCUUUUCAACUUUUACAGAAGCAUGGGAUCCCUCAAUGUGACCGAAACAGAAUAUGCCUUACUUUCAGCAGUAACAGUAUUUUUUUCAGAUCGUCCACUUUUGAAAAACAAGCAACAAGUAGAAAAACUGCAGGAACCCCUUUUAGGAAUUUUGCACAAAUAUUCAAAGAUUUAUCACCCAGAAGAUCCACAACAUUUUGCAAGACUUAUAGGGCGUCUGACUGAGCUCAGGACCUUAAAUCAUAAUCACUCUGAAGUCUUAGUAUCAUGGAAAACAAGAGACAAUAAACUUACUUCAUUGCUCUAUGGUGUAUGGGAUUUACAGUGAGUUGAGAAACUCCUGAACCUGUAAUGCAAAUUGUAAAGUUAACCUUAAAGUACCAUUGUCAAUCUGUGUUCAAAUAACAUUAUUCUUUUAUUCAAAUGCUGUAAAUUAUAUUAUGUUCUCUGGAGCAUAUACUGAUUAUAACUCCUGCAUCACAUAUUGAUUAUAACUCAUUUUUCAUUAGAAAACAAACAGUUUGAAUGAAUAACAUUUUCUUAUAUUAUGAUUUAGUAAAAAAAUGCCAAAAAUACAUAACUUACUGGGAUUUACAUAUGAUAACACAUCAAUUAUUUGGCCUUCUGUUUUUAAAUAAUCUUGUAUGUUGUCUUCUGCACUAAACAAACAAACAAAACAUAAUUUGUUGGUGUUUCCAUUGAACCCACUCUCCACUCUUAAGUUGCACUGUUGGAACAGAAUAUUCUGAUCUCAUGGGAUUUUUUUCAUAUUUUAGCUACCUGUGUUCCAUUACUAAAUGAGUUUGUUAAACUUUGGCAAAGGUUAUGUUUAACAAUUUAGGGUUAGAUUACGAGUGGAGCGCUAACAGUUACGCUCAAGUGAAAAGGUGUAUUUUUGCUUGUAUUAAAAGUUUGAAGUAAACACAAUCUCUUGAGUGCAAUUUAAGUUAACAUGGGUCAGAUAGCCAAACCAAUGCAAUAGUCCAAUUCCCAAUGCAGGGAAAGAAACGUACCCCUUAAUAGUAGCACCGGUAAAACACUUCUAGCUAAAGUUAGAGACAAGGUGGAAAUAAUGCUUAUUUAUCCCACACUUACCCCCUUCUUCACGGCUCCUGGUCCUGGGUGAUGCCUGUGCCUCAAAGCAGCCGUGAGUAUAUUCCAACUUCAGGCGGACAUCGAUCAGUUUGCUGCGCUCAGAGCCUCCACGCUCAAUGAUCCUCUCCGUUUGUCGCCACCUCAGUGACUCAACCGGCUCACAGGUCUGACGUCACCUACCGGUGCCGUCUUGCGGGGGUAAGUGUUAUCUGGUUAUACCUCUUCAACCAAGGGUCCUUGCUCCUCCACCUCGUAGGGUUAAUUCGUAGCUUGAACUUGGUCACUGCUUCUAAGGUAAAUGCUGACUCCUAAGCAACGGCUUACUUGCAAGUAGAAAAAAGGAAAGCUGGAGUCGCAGAAAUUGUGUCAAACAAAGUGAUAGCUUUUAUUCAUCCAUAAAAACAGGAUAACAAAGUGUACUGCCCUUCAGAUAAUACAAGCUUACACGUUUCGGCUGUAUGCCAUAGUCAUAGCUCGCUGACUACGGCAUACAGUGCGGAUCAGGUCCGCAAGACCUCGCUGAAUGCGGAGAGCAAUACGCUCUCCGUAUUCAGCAUUGCACCAGCAGCUCACAAAAGCUGCUGGUGCAACGCCGCCCCCUGCAGACUCACGACCAAUGGGCCGCCAGCAGGGAAGUGUCAAUCAACCCGAUCAUACUCGAUCGGGUUGAAUUCCGGCGAUUCCUGUCUGCCUCAUCAGAGCAGGUGGACAGGGUUAUGGAGCAGCAGUCUUUAGACCGCUGCUUCAUAACUGCUGUUUCUGGCGAGUCUGAAGAGCUUGAUAAAUGGGCCCCACUGUGUGUGUGUGUGUGUGUGUGUUUAUAUAUAUAUAUACAGUAUAUAUAUAUAUAUAUAUAUAUAUAAAUUGUUCAAAAAUGCCAUCAGAUAUAUGUAGAAAUAUAUAUUUAAGAAUACAUAGAACACAUUAUUCUAUGUGAAAAACAUUUAAAUGUGAAUUAUUUAUAUUUUCAUGUCGGGUUAGCACACUUGAGUAGAGUGUUAUUUGUGCUCCUUCAACUCCUAUGGGGGAAUAGGUUAUUGCACGUGUGAUAUUGUAACUUUGGCUUUUUACUCUUGUCGGGUUAGCACGUGAGAGAAAACAGUUUACUUUCAACUUGUAAUAUGAGCGCAACCCGACACAUGCACAAAAAUUACUUCUUUCGCUGUUAACACCCAAGCGGGAGUGUUAAAUAACGCUCCACUUAUAAUCUGGCCCUUAAUGAGAAAUCAAAGGCCAAGAUAAACAAUUAGAGAAAUUCCAAUCACUCAAAUUUAAAUGUUAUCAAAUUAGCCUACUUUAUAACACUACAUGAGUGGCCAUUUAAUUAAAAUUUUAAAGGUAAAGGACAUGAAACCCACAUAGAGCAUACAGUUUAAACAACUUUCCAAGCUACUUCUAUUAUCAGCUUUGCUUCAUUCACUUGGUAUCCUUUGUUAAAGGAGCAGCAAUGCACCAGAGGGAGGUAACCAAACACAUCAUGUGAGCCAAUUGCAAGAGGCAUUUAUGUACAGACAUCAAACAACAACUAGAUCUCAGUAGAGCAUUGCUGCUACCGAGUCUACCUAAGCAAAAUAGAAAAUGGAAGUAAAUUGGAAAGUUGUUUAAAAUUGCAUGCUCUAUUUGAAUCACACAAAAACAUUAAUUUGAUUUUACUGUCCCUUUAAGUGAUUGUUUUUCACAUAGAUUCCCUCUAUAAUAAAUUGUUCAUGCCUUACUUUUAUUUAAUUGCACAUUUUCAAGAGAAGAGAAAUACCCACUGUGAGAUCAUUGCAUAAACAUUCAAAAUUCACAGAGGAAGCCACUGAUAUAUUUGAAAGAAACUAAACAACAUGAUAUUGUAAAACUAUGCAAAUAAGAUGUAAUUAAAUAAAAAUGUACCCUUUUUAUUCUUU